AUCCCCAUUAUCAAAUAACGCGAGCUUGAUAGACAUUUUCCAUUAUUACUUAUUUUUUAACAUUUAUUACUUGUUUUUCACCGGUGGGCCAGUGAAACAUGUCGAACAACGGCCGCAAGCGAUCGGCACCGGGGCCAGCGGGUGGCCGUAAGAUCCGGAAGCCACGCAAGCCUAUGUCGGAGGACGAGGACAGCAACGACUCGACUCUGUCUGACCAGGCGCAGGAGAAGCAGCGCACCCCUUCGCCGCUGGAAGAACCCGUGGUCAAGUUACCACAGGAAUUGCUGAAGACGUUCUACAAGCCACCGGGGCGGCUUUUAAUAGCUGGCUGCGUGUCCUGGGAUCUGGUGGCAAAGCGCGAUAACAACAUUAGCAAUCGCACUCAUCCGAACCUUUACACCUUCCACAAAUUCACCGAACGCCGGUAUCGCCUGAUCGUGAGUCAUUGCACUGCAGCGCACUCUAUAUUGGUGUCUGAUGAGGGCGAAGCAUAUACAUUCGGGCGCAACACCUGCGGUCAGCUGGGAUUCGGCGACACGGUGACCCGCAACUUGCCGGAGCGCGUGCCCGGACUGGCGGGAAAGAACAUCAUUCACGCUGCCGUCGGCCGGCACCACUCUCUCUUUGUAACUGAUACUGGCGCUGUGUACGCGUGCGGCGACAACAAGAGCGGUCAGUGUGGCAUCGGCACUAACACACCGCAAGUGCUCGUGCCCACACGCGUUCGACAUACCACUCCAAUUGUGAAAGUCGGCUGCGGCGCAGAGUUCUCUAUGGUCCUGGAUUGUAACGGCGCGUUACACUCGUUCGGGCUGCCCGAGUAUGGCCAACUGGGCCAUAACACCGACGGCAAGUACUUCGUGACGUCGACGAAGCUGUCUUACCACUUCGAGACUGUGCCGAAGCACGUGGCGCUGUUCUUCGAGAAAUCCAAGGAUGGCCAUGUCACACCCGUCAAAGACGUUGACAUUGUCGAUUUCUCCUGCGGAAACAACCAUACGGUGGCAAUAGACUCGAAGAAGCGUGCGUUCAGCUGGGGUUUCGGCGGUUUCGGCCGGCUGGGGCACGCAGAACAGAAGGACGAGAGUGUACCUCGCCUGAUUAAGUUCUUCGAAACAUCUUCGCGCGGCGUGCGCUCCGUCUACUGCGGCGCUACUUACAGCCUCGCCAUCAAUGACCAUGGUGUCUUAUUCUUGUUCGGCCAAACAAAGCGCACGGGCGAAGCAAACAUGUACCCGAAACCUGUCCAGGAUCUGCAAGGUUGGAACAUUAAAGAUAUUGGAACAUCGUGCACGUCCGUAGUGAUUGCUGCUGACGACUCUUUGAUCGCAUGGGGCGUCUCACCCACCUACGGCGAACUGGGUACUGGUGAGAUCAACAAGUCUACUGCGCGCCCUAAGGAAGUGUCGAAAAUGGAGGGUUUCAACGUGACUCAAGUGACGAUGGGCUACUCGCACACGCUUCUCCUCAGCGAUGACUCGCCCGAUGAAGUGAAGCAGAAACUCGAAAGUCUCCCCAACUUCGAGCCUUAAGAUGGACUUACGUUACUUUGGCGUAAUGAGGGUUAGGACUUACACGACGAAUAGGAUAGGUAAUGAUUAUGAUUUCUGAUAAUAUACGUUCGACAAAUACACUUCUCUGCGCCCAAUAUCGAGCGUGUUGCUUUUAGCCCUCAUCUAUUAUGCGGUAUGAGGUUGAUACAAUUGUUUUCGUACUUAAACGUGAUAUCAUGAUAAUAUCAAAUUAUUGCAAUUGAGAUAAUGAUUACUAUUAUUUUGUGAUGGUUUGUUCUGUACUCCUUUAUAGCGUGAGUUUUAAUCGCGUUCAUAUUAGUUUCGUUAAGGAUCACCAUUUUAUUUCAAACUUAUAUACGUAAAGGCAAUCCGAUGUAAGAUUUUUGUUUUUGUCGGCUGAGAUCAUGACAGUACAUGCCGUCAAGCCGAUUAGGAUCAUUUUCACGCAAAUUUUAUGUCGGGAAUUUGAUUACUAUAUUUUUUAUUAUGUGCAUUAUGCAACUGAUAAUUGGUCAAUCAUUUUUACAGUCCCUAAAGUAGUAAUUAUUAACAGUAAUUGUUCGUAGUAAGUAAAAAUCAAAUUCAUAAUUAGCUGAAUUCCCCAGAUAGUUAACCCAGUUAAUAAUAUUAAAAUAUUAAUUAAAAGUAAUAUUAACCUACACCGUAUAUGUUAUAAACACGCUGCAGCAGCGUGGCCUUAUAUAAUGACAUAUUGUAGUGAAUAAAAAGACAUUCGUAUUUAUCAAAAUCACACACAGUCACAUGAAGCUGUCCAUUAAAACUUAUUUUUAGUAUGAUUGUGUUCCAGUCAUGGACGAUUAAUUAUUGUGCAUUAUAAAUUGCUUCCCUUAGCCGGAUUUACAUUUGUCUGAUGUGUCGUGUCGAAUUAUAUAGUUUUUAGAUUUAUAUUAGUGUAUCACAGUAUGACGUCACGGCUUGUGUUGUGUCGCGUCAGGACGGGUGAAUUUGAGCGGCCGCGAUUAUGAAACUUUUCACCAUCGCACUUAAGCUCUUUAACGAGGAAGUAAAACUCUCCUUUAGCCCCUCUUUUUUUAUUCACUGGAUGAACCCAAUUAUAUUCUUUUAUUUAUUUCUUUUUUUUUUAAAUAUAGUUGCCAUUAUUACAAAUUGAAUAUCUUUCAUAAUCAGCAUCGGAUGAUUCAGGAGACAACAUUGCGAACGUAUGAACUCCCCGAGAACCACGUCACAUCAGACAAAUAUAAACGCGGCUUCAGGCUCUACUUUUUACACAACACAUCGACACAGUAACGUACAAGUCACAAAAAUUAUUAUUUACUUUAUAACAAGAAGCGUUCGAACAAAAAACCUAAAAUCAUCAGUUACCUACUUUGUUAAUAAAUAUUAAGUGCACAAUUACUGAUUACCAGAGAUCAGAAUAAUGAGAUCAUUACCUUCCACGAUAAUUCUCUGCUCACUGCGUCUUAGCACUCUAAAGCUGAUAUUUCUUUAAAUCGCACCUUCAAAAUGAAAGUAAUUGAAUUUUUUGUUUAAUACAGAAUCCGUAAAACGACUAUAAACUUUUCAUAAGGUUGUUAAUCUGGAUAUGGCCUUUGAUUAUUUUCAAUACUAACAUACCGCGCUUCUAACAAAAUGUAACAAAGGAAUUAAAAAUGAAAUUACAAACAUUUUGACAACUUUGCAUUUAACACCUACCGAUGACUUGACAACAAGUUCCCUCGUAAAAAAAAUUGGCCCAUAGGUCACAUUGCCGGUCAGUUGAAAUUUAACCUAAUCUUACAGGUUGAGGGUUUUGUGUUAUAAUUAUAACAUUCCAAAAAUAUACAGUAAAAAAAUGUGAACACUAUUAGAUUCGCGAACAUUUAGUUUUUUUUACGUUUAAUGGCAGUGCGCCUCCGUAAUUUGUAUGAUAUUAUGUGAUCCUAUACUCUGUCUUCUUUGAAGAUGGGGAAAAAUGACAGUUCAUUGAGCAUAAGUGUUGCCCACUUGCAAGCAGCUAGUGAUUGCAGUCGAUAAAUAUUAUAUCGACUAUCGACGGUUGUUGUUUACGCUUAUGAAAUAAAUAGCCGAACUUGUUUCAUUUGAUUCAUCAUCGGCCCAUUAUACGUCCAACUUUAGGUGCAGGUUCAUUAGUAUUGUUAAUUUUUAAAAAUCCAUUCAUACAUACACUAAAUUUAGAACUAUGUCUAUUGAAAAUGCAAAUAGGAAACAUAUUUUGAAGUUUUUAAUUUAAUUUAAUAUAGGUACAUACUCAAAUCCACUUCCCGUUAUUAAAAUGUGUAUGACCAAAAAUUGAUUUUGAUAAUAAUGUCAAUAUAAGAAUAAAGUAUACAAUAACACAAUUAGUAAUAUCAUUGGACAUUUUUGUCAAAUUUUUACCUAAUUUCACAAGCUAUCGAUAAAGCUGUCGACGUUACAUGUAAGUGACCAUUUUAAAUUUUAAAAACACUGGCAACUCUGCAAAUGUCAUUUUACUCCACCUUCAAAAAAGACUGACUAUAUGUCAAAGUUAAUUAGCCAUUGUUACUUGGAUUGACUUCAGGGGUACGUUACUUAAAAUAGGUUUUAAAUUACGUAUGAAUUUCGUGACUUAAAUAACAAGUUUUCCGUAGCAUAAUUUUUCAUUGUUCAAAAAAAUCAAGCCACUGGCGUCUUGGCAUUUAUUCCUAAAAAAUAAAAACUUUAACGUCGCUUUUUGAUGUCAUGUUCCUUAAAAUUUCGCAAAAUAUUUGAAUAUCAAAAUUACAACAGUGGCUGAAUUUUUUCCACAGUAUUAUACCAUUGCAAUCCGAUAUUAAACAACCUCCAUGUGGUGCUCUAUUCAAGCUUAUAUUUUACUUGAAUGUAGUAAAGUCUUUUCCAAGCUGACUUCUCUAAAAACAGUUGUAAUUGUUAUCGUCUAAGUGUAGCAUCGAUGUGAGUAAUUGUUGUAUGUCACCGUACUUACUUAAAUCUUAUUCAAUAUAUGUUAUAAUAUACAAAUAUUAAUUUUAAAUAAUGUUAGCGUUUCGCCGUCAUGAAUGUGUCUUGCACAGGUAUUGUUUAUUGUGUGCAAUGUAAGGAACGUAUCAGAUGCGGGAGUAAAGGCUCUACGUGGGAAUUUAUUUUUGGAUGUUUGUAAUGGUUAAGUUAAAUGGACGCGUAGAGGCAGAAACAUCUUUUAUACACUGUAUUAAAACUGCCGGUGCACUCCCGCUUGAAUUAGUUGUGCAUUUUGCAGCACGUGCCAGCACCGCGCCCAUACAAAAACCGUAAGUGUAUGACAAGAGAAACAUACAAACCCAGCUUUAGCUGGCGCGCGCUGACAAAUGUACGCCAUUAAAGACUGCGGCAGUUAUCUAUGUUGUAUCGUAAGUAGAUGUUUAGAAUUAAUUAUUUUAAAAUGAAUAUGCCACCGCCGGGAACUUUUAGUUUCAUUAUGUAAUUGCAGAUCUUAAGAAUGAUUCUCAAUCAUGUCUCUCUACCUCUUAUGAUCAAAUAAUGGAAUAAUAUUUUAGGAGAAGCGAUAUUAAUGCCUGAACAAAAUCUGACUGAUGUAUUCCCCGGCCAGGAGCCUCUCACGAUCGCCAGUGUAGCACUUGGUGCCAAAACACUCCAACCACAUUUGAGUUUUGGCAAUGAAGUGACAAUGUGUGCUAGUAAAGCAAG